AUGACUCUGGUGCUGCUACAGCCAAGCCGCUCCCUUGUUGCCAACAUUGUUGCUGUUCCCAGUGUAAAAGCAAUGGAGAGCUGGGACAUGCCUGUGAGCAUGUCCAGCAGAGAUACCUUGGAUAAGCUCCGAAGUGGGGAGACAGGGGGCAGGUCUCCUGUGUUGCAGCCCAAGCGGGGCUGCCAGGGCACUGAGAACACGCCCUCCUCCCGCAGGAAAGAGAGGUCCAAAGUGCCCUACGUCAUGCGUCAGUGUGUGGAGGAGAUUGAGCACCAAGGCAUGGAGGAGGUGGGCAUCUAUCGCGUGUCCAGAGUGGCCAUGGACAUCCAGGCAUGGAAGGCAGCCUUCAACGUCAAUGAGUAUAACAAGGAUGUGUUGGUGAUAAUGAGUGAGGUGGACAUGAAUGCCAUUGCAGGCAUACUGAAGCUGUACUUCCAUGAGCUGCCUGAGCCUCUCUUCACUGGCAAGUUCUACCCCAAGUUUGCUGAGGUCAUCUGUCCUUCAGACCCAGUUACAAAGGAGACCUGCAUGCUUAACCUGCUGCUGUGCCUGCCAAAGGCCAACCUGCUCAGCUUCCUUUUCCUUCUGGACCUCCUAAAAGGUAGCCCAGCUUUCUUUGUGGCAGAGAAAGAGGCAAUCAAUAAGAUGUCCCUGCACAACCUCACCAUUGUCUUUGGUCUCAUGCUGCUCUGGCCCUGGGAGGAGAGCAAGCUCCCUGCCAAGCCCAGCCAGCCCAUCAAUGACAGCUGGUCCUUGGAGGUCAUGUCCCAGGUCCAGGUGCUGCUGUACUUCCUCCAGCUGGAGGCCGUCCCUGCCCCAGACAUCAAGAGACAGAGCAUCCUGUUCUCCACUGAAGUCUAA